UAUACCGCCUUCUUCUUCAACACUUCUCCAUUGAAACCCCUCCUCCCUCUCUCUCUCUCUCUCUCUCUCUCAGAGCUUCUUCAAUGGCUAAACCUGAUCUUCAUCAUCAGUUAAUCCUGUUCUUCUUAGCUGCUUCUCUAUGUUUCUCCAUUUGCAAACCUUUCCAGCUUAUCUCUGGUCCAGGGGAUGGAUUUUCGUGGAUCAAUGAGGAGGACAGUGAAGUGGAUAUGGUCCAAACCAGGCAUGAUUCUUCAAGUAGCUGUGACUUGAACUCUGGGAAAUGGGUUUAUGAUCAGUCAUAUCCUCUCUAUGAUUCAACUUGCCCUUAUCUUAGCACAGCAGUCACUUGCCGAAAGAAUGGAAGGCCUGAUUCUGACUAUGAGAAGUGGAGAUGGAAACCCCAUGGCUGCUCUAUUCCUAGGUUUGAUGCAUUGAAAUUUCUUGGAAAAAUGAGAAGGAAAAGAAUAAUGUUGGUAGGUGAUUCUAUAAUGAGGAACCAAUGGGAAUCUCUUGUUUGCUUAGUACAAGGAGUGAUUCCAACUGGGCAUAAGACUGUCAGCUAUAAUGGUCCUUCAAUGGCAUUCCAUGCUCUGGAUUUUGAGACAACAAUAGAGUUCAGUUGGGCUCCACUACUUGUGGAAUUGAAGAAAGGGUCUGGAAACAAGAGAAUCCUUCAUUUGGAUAUGAUAGAAGAGAAUGCAAGAUAUUGGAGGAAUGUUGAUGUUCUUGUGUUUGAUUCAGCUCACUGGUGGACUCAUUCUGAACAAUGGAGUUCGUGGGAUUAUUACAUGGAGGGACAAUCUCUUAUCAAAAGUAUGAAUCCAAUGAUUGCAUAUCAGAAGGGACUCACUACAUGGGCCAAAUGGAUUGAUUUAAACCUUGAUCCUCGUAGAAACAGAGUCAUUUUUCGAAGCAUGUCUCCGAGGCACAACAGGGAAAAUGGUUGGAAAUGCUAUAACCAAAGGGAGCCAUUAGCAUUUUUCAGUCAUCAGCAUGUUCCUGAACAGCUGGUAGUACUGAAAGAAGUAGUGAGAAAGAUGAGUUUUCCCGUAUAUUUACAGGAUAUCACAACGAUAUCGGCUCUGCGUAGAGAUGGGCAUCCAUCGGUGUAUAGAAGGGCAAUAAGCCAAGAAGAAAGGCAGCACCCAAGUGGAUUUUCUUCAGACUGCAGCCACUGGUGCCUCCCUGGGGUUCCUGAUAUCUGGAAUGAGAUGUUAAAUGCAAUUCUGUAGCUGAAAAAAUUAUAGGCAUGAGUGGUGUAGGAUGACUCUUCUUCUACUAAACUAUAGGCUUUGUAUGUUUAAUUUGUGAUGUUAAAGAGUCUGUGGUGAGUAGUAAUGAAUGGUUUGUGUUUUUGGUUUUGUAUUAUAGUGAGUAGAAAUGGAUGAUUGUGGCUUUGCUGGCGUGUUCCUUUAUAACUACCUAAGAAUUACUAGGUUCUUGCUUGCUUUUGUCAUAUUAUCAUUAGCUUUUGGUAUGAAAAGUUUGAAUUGCUGUCCCAA